CUUCCGGUGCAGAGUUGUCAACACAAUCCCAGCAACGAUCGUCUUGUUUUUAGCCAGAAAAUUAUAAUCAGCUCUUUGUGUAUCUCCUGUUUUAUUUCACCCGACUCCUGCUUUGUUUGCUGUUCACACGGAGCUGCCCUUCUCCCCUGUUCUUCAACGCUCUGGGUUUUACUCUCUCUGUCUCAAAUAAACUGUUAGAUCAAACCCCGCUAGCCGGUUAGCUUAGCGCCCCGGGGGAAAAGUGAGACAGGCGGACGAGGUCGUGCGACGGUUUGGAUGUUGACCACACAGCGCUGAGGACCUGGGACCCAGUGAUGGCAGCUCGACGACCCUUCACGGACUCGGACACUGCGGAUGAAGCAGUGAGGGCGACGUGCGACGAUGCAACCAUAUGCAAACGGUUUGCUACAAGUAAAAGCUACUGGAAGGAUCCAUACAUUCAAUACUUUGUGAGAUCUGUCGGAGAGAGAAAGGCCCCUGAAAUCAACAGAGGUUACUAUGCCCGAGUUCAAGGGGUGAACCACCUCCUCGAUGCGUUCAUAAGGAAAGCAGAGUGUGACUGUCAGGUAGUCAACCUGGGAGCCGGACUGGACACCACUUUUUGGAGACUAAAGGAUGAAAACCUCCUGCCACGGAAGUUCUUUGAAGUUGACUUUCCUACGAUCGUGGCCAGGAAAAUACACAAUAUAAAGACAAAACCACCCCUGUCCAAACCCAUCAUCGAAACCCACUCAACAGACUCCUUACUACUAGAUUCCCACAGCCUCGACUCCGACCGGUACUGCAUCAUCGGAGCGGACCUCAGGGACAUCUCCACCAUGGAUGAAAAACUGAAGAAGUUCCAGCUUAACCCAGAACUACCUACAUUGUUCCUGUCAGAGUGUGUGCUGGUUUACAUGAGGCCCUCCCAGUCCUCCAACCUACUUCACUGGGCAGCAGAGACAUUCCACACGGCCAUGUUUAUCAGCUAUGAACAGGUGAACAUGAGUGAUCGAUUCGGUCAGGUGAUGAUCGAGAACCUGCAGCGCCGCCAGUGCACCCUCGCAGGAGUGGAGGCCUGUCAAUCGCUGGACUCUCAGAAGGAGCGCUUUCUGAAGACAGGCUGGGAGCAGGCGGAAGCUCUGGACAUGAUGACCGUCUACAGUAUACUCCCUCAGGAGGACGUGGCGAGAAUUGAGCGACUGGAGUUCCUGGAUGAAAAGGAGCUGCUGCAACAGCUUCUUCAACACUACAGCAUCUGCUGGGCCUUCAAGGACAAACUCAACCUGGGUCUGUCGCAGUUGGCGUUCUGAGAGUGAAACUGCUCCAUUGUUCGGACGUGCGCGUUUGCCAAAAGCAACAACAGGAGAAGAUGCGUAAAAAGAAGACGAUGGGAAAGAGGAAACCCGUAUUCUCUGUCGACUGGGAGCUGGUUCGGAAAAAGUCCCGGCAUCAGCGGAAUGUGAUUGCAUGAGCGCCAUUUGUGACCAGGUCCGUGUUGAGGGUGAGAGGUGAAGAACUGUGAAGAAGCGUUUGUCACUGCACUGGAACUGAAGCGUAGUAUGAGUCAUGUGGGAUUUCUUUGCUCACAAAAGCAUUGUUUCUAAAUCAUCAAUCAUAAACGCUCUCCUGUGUUCGAUAUUAAAGAAUGUAAGGAACAUUGAGGAUUUCACACGUCAUGUGUUUGUCCUCGUCUGGAUCUUGUGUAUGUGCCAUUUUAUUUUUAUUUAUUGAUCGAUUGCACUUCCAGACUCAUUGACUUAGAUGCAUGCAAUAAGUAGAGCUCGAGAAAUGCAUUACAUGCAACCACCGGUUACAUUGCAUUUGUCUGUCAAAUCUUUUCUAUUCUCGCCCCAAUGGUUUUCAAACGGCAAAGAGGACAUGACACAGGAGUUUGUAACAGAGUAUAUUUGACGAAAGCUGUUCAAGUGCAGUUCAAUAAAAGUCUCAUUUGUGUAA